AUGGAGAGAAUGAAUUUAGCACUACACAAAAGUAGCACUUCAAACUCUGUCAUAACUUGGCGUCUCACAUUCAUUCUUUUCAUCUCCUUUCUUUGUUUCUAUUCUUUACAAUUGACAACAUUUGUGAGUGGAACGAGUCAAGCAGUUAAAAAACACAAGUUGAACAAGGGUAACAAACAAAUUUCCGAACCUCUACAUGUUGCGAAUAUAAAUUCAACAAUUCCAUUUGCAAUUUCAGAAAAGAAGAAGAAACAUUCGUCAUGUUUUCAUUACAGAAAUAGAAUGGCAAGUGGAUUUUGCAAGUUGAGAAUAAAGAUGAAUGAGAAGAAGGUAGAGAAAACUUUGAGACGUUGGAAAUCGUUGCGUAGUCGAGUGAAGAAAAUUGAGAAAAAGUUGAGCAAGUGGAGAUUGUUAAAAUCGAAAGCAAAAAACAGAGUCAGAAAAAUGGUUCGAGUCAUUCAUAGAAUUUCCAAAAAUGUGAAAUGUCAACAAAGGAAGAACAGUUGCAAACGUCGCAUCCACAGAAAGAAAAAAGCGCUGAAAAGAGCUAGCAAGAAAGCUAAACGAGCGAUGAAACAUGUGAAAAGGUUGAAACGUAAAAUGAACAAGAUGACUCAACGAAAGAAGAAAUCAUUCACACGUUAUCAAAAGUCCAUGUCACACCUUCUUCGAGUAAUGAAACUUUGUAAAAAGAGAAUUCAAAGAGUGACCACUUGUAAGGAAGAAGGAAAAAGAAUGGCACAAGCUGUGAAACUUCCUAAAAAACUUGUGGAUAUUUUGAGAGUAUUGGAUGUCAAGUUUGCAUGUCUCAAGAAGAAAACGAAUCGAUUGGCUUGUCUCUCAAAGAAGUGA